AUGGCAGCAUAUUCCUCUAGUCACGUGGCAGAAGAAAAACUGGAUAGUUGCAUGGGCAAUGUUUCAGACUUCCCUCUUCUGACUGAUGAAAAGUUUGAUUUUGACCUUUCACUCUCUCCAGUAAGUGGAAAUGAAGAUGAAGUUUUUGUUGGACCUUUGGGACACAAGGAAAAAUGUAUUGCUGUCAGUAUCGAAGCAAAAGAAGGUGCUGAAGAAAAGAGUGUCCCUGCUUCUGAUGACAAACUCAUGUGGAGCCCACUUACAGGAGAGAAAUUUGUGGAAAUUUUCAAAGAAGCUCAUUUGUUAGCGCUGCAAAUAGAGAUGGGAAGCAAGAAUGAGCAGACUAAAAUAGGCCAAUCAGAAGAACAAGAGAACAAGAUUGUAGAAAACUUUGUGGAGGACUCAAAGUCAAAACUGAAAAUACUGAGAAACCAAACAAUAGAGAUCAGUCCCAGGGCUGCUAAGAGGGAGACAUACUGUGUGCAGGAUAGCCCAGCAUGUCAGCUGCCACACUUUUUUCAGAAGGAAUCAGAAAAACAUUUAUCAGAUGACAAAAUGCAGGCUCUUCCUAAUCCUCCAAACAGAAGCCCUGUUAAAAUCUGUGUAUCUUCUACAAAAAUUAACAGUUCACCUCUGAUACAAGAACAAAAAACUAAGGAAAGAAAUAUGAAGGCAACUGGCAAGCUGCCAAUGGCAAAACCUUCAUCUACUCUUGGAAACAGCAAUUUGUUGACUAUUGAAAAGCCCCAACCAGAAAAACAUGCUAUUAUUUCCACAAAAAGAAAUGUGAAGAGUGUGGGAUCAUGUGAAGAUCUAAUUGCUGAUAAAUCCAGUGCUUCUUCAGAUGUCUUUGAGUCUUCGUUCAGUGGCAGUUCUUCAGUGCAAAACAAAAAAGCCCUUCCUGCACCAAAUAAGCCUGGCUUAAAGAAGAUAACACAACUGAAACUUUCUGGUGUUGCCAGUGGUCUCACAAGAAGGGCUACUUCAUCAUCAUCAUCGUCAUCAGCUUCCAGCAAGAACUCAAGUCUGAAUUCAAGUUUACCCAUUUCUCCCAUAGGAAAAAAUGGAAAAUCAAGCACAUCUUCAAAAGCUGGUGUGAGUGGCUCUAAGCUUUCAUCUAGUACAAACAGACUGGCCCUUGUCAGACCUACCAGCGUGUCAUCUCUGCAGGCUGCCAAUACUGAGAAAUCCAGGAAGCAAGAAAGAUCAGCUAGUACUCCCAAAAUAGCUAGUGCUUCAAGCUUGGCUAAAUCUUCAGCUUUUGCAACACCAUCUGAUGCUGUAGGCAGUGGGAUUCAGAGGCAGAGCUCUGUUCCCAAUCUGCAGAAGUUCUGCCAGCAGAAUAAAGAUGGAAGUGCAACAAAAGGAAGCCUGUGUCCAAAGGCCAAGGGUACAGUUUUGUCUGAUCCUACAAGUCAAGCUGAUAGUCCAGUGAAGACUGGAGAUACACCAUCAAAUAAAUUGGCACCAAAAGCAGCACCACCAUCUCUUGGAUCAUUUUGUGGCACCCUUGGAAGUGCCAUGGCAGUCAGCACUCCUGUGAAAGCCUCGGCAGAUGGGAUCUUCCAGAAUUUUUGUGUUCCUGAGAAGCCUGUCUCCAUGACUCCUGCCAGUCUGAGACGGUCUGGCUUACCUACACCUGUUCGUCGUAUCUCAGGGUUUCCAGCAGUGACUCCUACAACUGUACCAAGAAUGACAUUUUCUCCAAGUGCUGCAUCUGUUUGUCGAAGUUCCGGCUUUUCUACCAAAAAGACUUUUGCAGCUGGUUCUAAACAGACAAAAGAGACUAAGCCACAGACAUCAUCUUCAGAAGAUGAUGUAUCUCCUCUUCCUGUGCUACCUCUUGCACUUAACUUCUCACCAGAAAAAAAUGUUACAGAAGCAGAAGAACAUGAAUUACAAGAGGCUGAAGUACAAAAUCACCUGGCUGAAGUACAAAAUCACCUGGCUGAAGAGAAAAAAACGGAGGCCUUGCUAGUAGAUAUUGAAAUAGACAAAUCUCUCCCACACGCUUUGGAAUGUGAAAGUAGACCUCUGAUUGACCUUUCCAAUACUCCUGAAGUGAAUAAGAUGACUCCUCUAAAGCCUGUAUUCUCAGGGCAGGUAAAGCUAAUUGAUUUGAGUUCUCCUCUUAUCACUCUGAGUCCUGAUGUAAACAAAGAAAAUCUGGAUUCCCCUCUACUCAAGUUUUGA